GAGGAGAGCCGGGAGAAGAACCAGCCGGAAGUGGACAUGAGCGACCGGGGCAUCUCCAACAUGCUGGACGUCCACGGCUUGUUCACCCUGUCUCAUAUCACACAACUGGUCCUCAGCCACAACCAAUUAACAACUGUGCCCCCAAACAUAGCAGAACUGAAGAAUUUGGAGGUGUUCAACUUCUUUAAUAACCAGAUUGAGGAGCUGCCCACACAGAUCAGCAGCCUUCAGAAACUCAAACACCUAAACCUUGGCAUGAACAGGCUGAACACCCUGCCUCGAGGAUUUGGCUCUCUUCCAGCUCUUGAGGUCCUGGAUUUGACUUAUAACAACUUAAAUGAACAAUCUCUCCCUGGAAACUUCUUCUACCUUACCACCCUGCGUGCACUCUAUCUAAGUGACAACGAUUUUGAAAUCCUGCCUCCAGAUAUCGGGAAGCUCACGAAGUUGCAGAUACUCAGCCUUCGGGAUAACGACCUAAUCUCACUGCCAAAGGAAAUCGGGGAGCUGACCCAGCUUAAAGAGCUCCACAUUCAGGGGAACCGCCUGACAGUUCUGCCCCCAGAAUUAGGAAACUUGGAUUUAACUGGUCAGAAACAAGUCUUCAAAGCAGAGAACAACCCCUGGGUAACCCCAAUUGCUAACCAGUUCCAGCUUGGUGUCUCCCAUGUCUUCGAAUAUAUUCGCUCUGAAACAUACAAGUACCUCUAUGGCAGACACAUGCAGGCGAACCCAGAACCCCCAAAGAAGAACAAUGACAAAUCCAAGAAGAUCAGCAGGAAACCUUUGGCAGCCAAGAACAAAUGAGGAGCUGGCUUGGGCCUGGUUCACUCUUGGGUCCUUUUUUUGUUUGUUUGUUUCUCUGUCUCACAAAUAAAUACAAUGUGUGU